AUGGAGGCUCCUCCACAGACUCUGACCCCCAGGCUCUGCAUCACCCUCCACCUGUGCGGCAUCAUGGACCAUAGCAACAGCAUGUUAGGUGCCUCUGAGGUCUGCCCUGAUCUAAUCUGCCCAUCCAAUGCCACGUGUGUGAACAGCACCCACUGCGCCUGCCUGGAGGGAUUCCAGUCACGAGGGGGUCGCUUCUUCACCGACACAUUGGAGACCUGCGAUGAUAUCGACGAGUGUCUGGGGCCCAACCCAGUGAACUGUGGGCCCGAUGCCAAGUGCAACAACCUGCCUGGGAGUUUCUACUGCACCUGCGCCGAUGGCUACGAGUCCAGCUCUGGGAAGGCCAGGUUCCCGAAUGCCAGCGAGAACAGCUGCCAGGGUGAGCUCUCCCUGCCCCAGCCUGCUGAGCCCCCUUCCCACAUGCUCAUUCCCAGCAAGGGGCCACCUCAGGGCUGCUGCCGGCUCUGGCAAUGGCCCGUCAGCGAGGCCGAGAUGAGACGUGACCCUCCGUGGUCCCUCAGAGCAAGGGGGCAGGAGCAGAGCCUGGGGCCGGGCUCUCCCCUGUGCCCAGAGCUUGGGGGUGGAAUAGACCCCGGGGUUAGAAACAGCCCCACGGAGCAAACUCCUCGUGCUGCAGCGAUGCGCUGGGAGGGGGAAGGGCCCCAGGAACUGGGCUAA